AGAAAUUGCUGCUGGCUGUUGGGGCAACCGGUGGGACAUAUACAUCCAGGUAGAGACAGUCCUCGUCCAUUCGGAUGUCCGGAGAAAUCCUAGCACUCUGCCAGCAUGCCGGCCCGUGUUUGUCGACAUUAUUGUUGAUGUUACCGUAAUACGACAAAUCCUCAUUCAGAAUUGGAUUCUGGUAUGCGAAAUCAAGAUUACGCCAGUCCGUGGGACAAUUUUCAAAGCAUCGUCGCCAGUGAUCUCGGAGUACCUGCCACCCACAUAGACGGAUCGUCAACCUAUUCCCAGCAUGGUGGAACAUCGAUCAACAUUUUGUCCACUAUCCUAAAACUGCAGCAAGCCGGACAUGCCGUUACAUUGGAACAGCUGAUGCAGCAAGAUCUCAAUUCCUUGAUGCAGUAUUCUGCACCAUCCGGCGAAAGUGGGCCCAGAUACAACUUUUCCGUGCGGUACUUGGAAGAUGCCGAAGAAGGAUUUGUACACCAGGUCUUCGUUCUAAUUGGGGAAAGCUUCACACAAAAAUGUGAAAUGUUUAGCACCGCUGGAAACAUGACAGUCAAUGAUUUUGUGGAUAUGUUUAAAACUUGGUGGGUGUACUUUUCCAAAUACAGCUUUGCUGUGGUGGAUGAAAAAGGGAUUCCCAGAGCCGCCUCUCUCAAUGCGGAUCAGGUAGACUUGACCAACGCACCGAUUGACAAAAUUCAUCCACACUUCGUUAAGAUUGGAGAAAUGCUGGACGAGAUUACGAAACCUGCCGAACAUAAGUACAACCCUGAGCUAAAGAAAGGAAUCGUUUUCACAAAACUGUUUGUUGGGGCAUCGGUGAAAAAUACACCGGAAGAAAACGUUGUUCUUAUAAACAUGGUGGAAGUGGAAAACAAGCUUCUGGCGGAGCGGUUGCGCUUUCAAAUUACUCUUGCAGAGAAUGCAAGUCCGGUAACGCAGGAUAUAUCCGCCCAUUUGGGAUGCAUUCGUCCAUUAGCGGGAUUUUUGCAAAAUGUGAACCAGCCUACCUGCAAAGCGCAACAACCUGUGCCUAAAUACCUGGAUAGCAGGCACAUCAACAAUUAUUCGCAACAUGAACGCCUGUACUUACUCCCACACACUGACGAACACAUGCAGUACGUAGUGUCUACCGGAAGCUACUUGAAUUCAGUUCUACAGUAACAGGUGUCGAGUUAAUACGCAAACCAAAAUUAAAGAUUAUAAGAUUUACGCUACGUCAACAUAAGUUUGGAUGAAAUAAUUCUUUGAAGAAUUAAUAUCUCGUAGGGUACAUUUCGA